AUGGCCGAGUCUUCCGCGCCAAGCAGCGACAGCGAUGACGAGGACUCUCCACUGGUAGGCCACUGCCGUUCCAACAUACAUGUGGGCAAAAGACGGAACCUGCGUAUAGCAGGCAGCUGCAUUGGUGACGAUGUUAAGUGGAUAGGCAACAAGGUCACCCGGGUGGUCUCGCUACAGGCUGGAGGAGUUGGCAGAGACAAACUACAGUGGGCCAGAUACUGGGCGGAAUGCGCGGCAGAGCUCGGAGCUGACAUCUUUGUCCUUUCAGAGACCCGCGUUGGGACUGACGCCGGUCACGCACAGGCGGUGGCGGGCAUGAGGGACGACUACGUCGGAAAAUGGACCCAGGUAGACAAGGACCAGGAUGGCCGUGCAGUCGCCGGAACCCUUCUGCUGCAAGACGGGUCUACCUUGCGUGUGGUGGGAGUCUAUGGCCCAACUGGUGCCACUACUCCAAACUUUGACCAAGACCCCUGGGGCCUCGAGCAGGAACACAGACUCAAGGAAUUCCUCGAACUGCAGAAAGAUAUAUCCACGCACGCGGUCAGCCUUCUCAUUGUUGCGGGAGACCUCAACAGCUAUACCUCCCCGGAACUGGACCGAUGGGGUGGGCCCAGACAUCUCAGGACCGGGAGCGUAGCGAUGAAGCUUCAGGAUCUGGGACUGCAAGAUUGCUUCCGGGCCCGCCACCCGGAACUGAGGGCCUACACCUUCUACACCAGACAAGACACCGCAAGCCGAUUGGACCAUAUUUGGAUCUUGGGAAGCGUCGGUGGGGGCAGCCGUCUCCUGAACGCCUCCAUAAUUUGGCGCUGGCUGCGCCGAACAGAUCACGAUCCGGUGGUGGUGGACAUCCAGCAAUCCCUUCCCACUAUCCCAUCCCCUGGCUCUUCGGAGGCGGGAGGGAACUGGCGUAGGCUGGUGAGAGCCUCUCUUGGGCCAGACGCGUGUAGCCUACAACGUAAUAUUGAAGAGGCGAUGAUGCCCCACCGCAGCACCCUAUCCAAGGCCAUGGCUGACGUGCGGAAUGCUUCCCGCCUGGCCCUAUCUGACACUGGUGGACCCUCCUCCCCCCUUCACCAAAUGGCUGAACCCGCCGGGCUCCCGGACGCACGGAGCCCUGCCCUGAGAUGCGCCCUCACUCAUGCAAGUAAACUCCUUACUCAGUGCAUGCAGAACAGCCUACCCACACUGGCAAAUGGGACUGAUUACAAGGCCCGCCGAGCCAGAACUUCGUGGGACGCGGUGUUGCAGCAGCUUCGACAGCUACGACAUCUGCUCAGUCAAGCCGACCCCGGCCCCGCCCUCCCAGGUCAACUCAAGGAAUCCCUUGAUCGAGCCAAUUCCCUUUGGAAAAGCUGCCAGCAACUUACAGACGCACUUCGCCACAACACCCCGAGCGAGGCCACCAAGACUGCCCGUGUGCGACUAGGAGACUGGGAUCUCCACGACUCCUCCCCACAUGUGUGGGCAGAUGGCCUGGUGGGCGUUGCCCCUGAGGCCCUUGCCCAAUGGACACCUAACACGACCUCACGAUGCUCACGAUCUUCUGCUUCAUUGUCCCCGUUGCCGACGCUUGAAUGGCGCUGCGCGCCGGUGUGCAGACGCUCCAGAACCGAGGCUUUGCAACAGGUUAGGGAAUGGUCCACCGCGGCGAGAUCGUCGCAAACCGAAUGCCAGCGUCAACAAUCCAAGGAAUUGGGGCUUGAACGCAGACGCUCCCUGCACCAGUCCGACUUGAAGACUUGGGCGCGCUUUUUACGUAAGCCGCAGGAGCAACUAGAGUACGCUCCGGAGUGGUUUGAAAAAGAGGGCAGGAAGCGCCGUCCCUCUUCGGCCAAGGAGGCCCUGGAAGGAGCGGCCCAGGAAUGGCAGCGCCUCUUUAACUCACCUGCCAACCCCUGGUCCCACCCGUGCUUCAAGGAAUGGCGCGACCUGGCUGGCAAUCGACGUGGCUCAUUGAACUUCCAGUGCCUUGCCGACAGCCUUAUGAGCGACGCGCUCGCGCCAAUGGCCCGUGCUAUCCUAGAACCAGGGCCAUGGCGUCUUAUUCGUUGGAGGGGCGCUGACCUGCGCUUCCUGUCCCAGCGCUCCGUGGCUCUGAACGGGUGGAUCGUCUCCCACACAGACGGAACUUGGCGCCUAUGCCGCCCAGGACCCUGCGCUGGACAAAGCCUGGACAUCAAAUGUAUCGGUAAGUUCCCGCCCGCGGAAUGGACUAUGGACCACUUCUGGACUCACCGUCAACGGGAUCUCGAACUUUUCUUUGUCGCACUGGCGCCCAAUCAGUUUGCAGACAUUAGUGUGCUUCAGCCCACCAGCGAUGCCGAGCGACAGUACUGGGCCCGCAAGAUGCGUUGGUCGCGACCCGGGAGAUCGGGCCUCAAACUGGCCUUCCUCCCUCUCUUCCCCCAGUGGAUCCGUGACCUUUUCUGGGAACUGCUGGACACGCAGAGGCAACUGGCUUUGGUGACAGAGGACAACAAAAGAGCCCUCCAAAUCAACCUACCCAAAUCCACAGGCGGAUGGCGACCACUCACAAUGAUGGAGGAGAGCUUCAAAGCCAUUGAAGGCCCAGUUACGUCUCGACUCUCGGCUGGCCGCGCCAGGCUCCCCCUUGGCGAUUUUUAUAGCUUGACAAACCUGGCAUAUGAAAGGCGACAGUCCGCCACAGCUGACGUAUUAUAUACCGAUUGCAUUGUCACGGAAGAUGCCAUGCGCACUGGUGCCCCUUUUGUUCGAAUCCCAUCCGACUACGAAAAGUUCUUUAACUCUGUGGAAUUUGUGGAAAUUGACGCCAUGCAGCUGGCCCGGGGAACACCUGACAUGGCGCGCAGGUUUUUUACGGAUGCUUUCCAAGGCAUUUCGGUGGCCAUCCAAACCCGUUGGGGAGAAACCCCGGAUGUGGAGUACCAAAGGGGAGUGCCACAGGGCACCAUCUCCUCACCCGAACUUUCCAAACCAGCACAGGAGCCAAUUCUUCGGAUGCGCGAGGCUAGCACGGCCCAGUACCAGACCAGACAUGGCGCCCGCGCUGGAGUGACGGCGUACGCAGACGACGCUCAACACUAUGGGGCAGGAGUGCGUCAGCUCCCACGGAUCCUUCGGGAACUGGGCCAUGGUAGUCUGGUCUCCGCAGUCGGCUUCAGUUGGCCAAAAUUUUCAGUCUACGCCUCGGACUAUGAUGACAUGGUGGAGACGCCGUGGGCCCUGGAGCAUGGUGUCGAGACGGAUGGCGUCGCAGUUACGGGCUAUGACAUCUGGACAGGCCGGGAGAUCAUCGCUAAGCUGCCGCGCUCGCAUGCAGACCAGGGAGAGAAGUUGCUGGGCAAGCGGGGCACCAUCUCCGACAAGCACACCCUUGCGGCGCAAGAUACACUGGACAAGCUGGUACGCUUAAGACACAAGUUGAGCUUUCUUAUGUGCGAGUGGGAUGAAAUUGCAAUGGCUUUCCAACUCAUUGGACGUGGCAUCCUGUCCUACGCCCCGCUCAUUGGUAUACCUGCCCCACAGUCCCUACAUGAUCAGGAUACCGAACUCCAGCUUCUGAUACUGGCGCGACUCCAAGUCCGGUCUACUGCUGAACGCAUGAGUCUGUUGGCGCCGCGCGGAAUUGGGGGGGUCCAGCUCCCCUCCAUGGUCGAGAGCAUGGUGUCAGCCGUCGCUUCUGACCUCUUGACCACCCUCAACGGCUGCACUCAAGCCAGCUCCCUGGCUCGCGCGGAGCUUCGAGAAGCCAUGUCACUUCCUUCUGCGCAGGUGUCCCAGUACUCGGGAAUUCUCGCCAACUCUCUCCGAUUCCUAGCCGGCUACGGAUUCUACCUGACUGUCUCCACCGACCGGCUGGUCUCACGGGUACUUGACCAACUGCGACUUGCUGCGGGAUCCCCGGCUGCGCAGAUGGUGGGAGGUAUGGAUGCGGAUGGACACCGACGCGGCGCGGUAUACUGCAGAGAUUGGGCCGUGGAGUGCCAGCUCCAUCACCGAUCCCCCCGGGACGACCUGUUCCCUGAUGAGGAUUGGCGCUCAGAGGCGUGGACGCGGCCUUGGGCCGCCCAUGUAGACGAUCGCAGCGGGUUCCUUGAUGCCCGCGUACCUCCCGGCCCCGCUGACCUCGACUUUGCGCUCUACGGGGAUGGAGGGCACCAGGCAUCUGGACGCACCACCUUUUCAUGUCAGGCGCGAUCUUUUGGUUCUGGCGAUGCUUAUUUCUCGUCGACGGCCUCCCUGACAGCCCAGGUGAAAGGUAAACUCCCUCGGCGUUACGGGUAUGAGCACACGGGUAUUCAUGAAGCUGAGUUACUGGCCAUGCUGGCAUCCCUCCGAUGGAGGCUCCCAAACACUUGGAAUCUUGUCGUGGUAGAUUGCAGUUCUCUGGGCAGUGCACUACGCGUAACAUGCGACGGUCAAGCCACUGAUCUCCUCUCCCAUUGUGGAAUACCCAUGCUUGCCCGGCUAUGCCGGAUCAUGCUGGAACUCAAGGCGUCCUGGACUGGAAAGUCGCCAGAGCCGGCCUGGAAACUCCACCAAAGCAGAUUCCCACAAGAUUGGAAUCUCCAGCUUGCGGGCAAAUGGAUGUGCCGGAUCAUGUUCUCUGGGCCCGGGCUGGUCGGAUUGGAUGUCAAAUGUGGAUUACCCCACUGGUGGUCUUUUGCUUUUGUGGUCUUGGACGGGCGCAGAGUCGGCUCCCCCAUCCGUGCAACCACCCGUCAGCUCCUCCGAACUCAGGCUGCAGCAGAGUGGAGACUGCGCAAAGUGCAGGGCAAACUCGCCAUGCAAGCCGAGGAAGCAUUCAGCCCUGCCUUGGACAUGAGGUUCUUUGUUCGGGCUGAAGUCCCGUCCCGUUUUGCGCGCUGGCUCCUACCUGAGGAUGCGGACAGAAACACAAUCGAUCUUUCUCGCAUGCUGUACCGCUGCCACAGAGCCAUUGGGGGCUCCUGGACGGAACAACUCAAGACGGAUGUCAGCUUGGCCAGAUUGGCCCAAGCAUGGGCACACACCCACCGUCAGUCCUCCCCGAGACUGUGCCCACUUUGCGUCCAAGAAGCAGGCACCCCUCGGCAUGCAAUCAUGACCUGUGAGGCUCUUCGCCCCCUGUCGGACAAACUGAGGCACUUGAUACCCCCGCCGUCUGCCGAGGACCUGGACCGAUGGCCCAUAUUGGCAGCCUGGCGGUGGAUGGUUGAGCUCCCGGCUCGCCACGCCCUCCUCAGUCAGGUGGAGCCCGCGCUGAAGGUAGUCACCUUGCUACUCCUCGGAUUGCGUCGUCUUCGAGCCGAAUGCGCCAAGCGCAUCAAAUCUUGGAAGGAGCUCCAACUUAUUGCGGAGCAGCAGCUGCUGCCUGUUCAGAUCCCGCCCGCACCUCCCCCUGGGGCCGCAGAUCAACGCGCGCCCACAGUGCUGGAUGGCUGGAUAGCUUCCGACAAUGCUCAACAGACCCUACGAGAACUCCGAUGGAAGGCGCCCAGCCCGUCAGUUCUUCUUGCUCGAUUACGUGCCGAAGUUCCGGCGUGCCGGCUCUCUGAAGAGCGUGCUGUGCUACGCAUGGCCUCAGCCGGCGUUCCCGUUACAACAUCCGGCCACAUCUCUUGGGGUGGCGUCUGGCCAUCGCUCACAGACCUGUACUCUGCAUUGCACACCCUUUGUCAUUGUGAUACAGAACCGCCCCUUGCAAUCGCUGGCUGCUGGACCUGCGGGGAAUUCAGCUGCCCAGGGCUCCCCUCCCACGUGCAUGUCUUUGGUGCAAAACCCAAGCAGCGUAUUCCCUGCCGGAACUGUGGUCAAAUGAUACACGAGAUCAGGACUUGCACAUGGAACCGCGGAGCCAACCCCCUGUACGCCUCCUCCGCGGUCGGAGCUCCUACACUGUGCCCGGACUGCGUUUGGGUCCUGCGAGAGGCGAUACUAAACAUGCCGCGCCCUCCUGCUGCACCAGCUACCGAGCCGGGUUUGCUAGACCACCUACAAGCGGCUGCCAAUGCGGUGUGCCCAGGCGCGGGAGCCAACACCUUCCUGGCUAACACAGGGAACAGACAGCGGGUGCGUCGCUGGUGUCUCCGCCACUUGACGCUCGGCUGGACCGCCUACCGCAUCAUCUUGAGCGAGGCGCGGGCGCACUUUACAGGCGUGGAAACUCCCGACCCCCUCCUCCGGGCUGCCCUCGAUUACUGGUGCCGGCGUGAGGCCGCGCAACAAUGCUGCCUACAUGGUGUCCUGCACUUCCGCCUGCGACCGGAGACGUAG